AGGCAGCAACUGGCGGAUUUUCUUGCAGUUGUGUGUGAAGCUUUUAAUGUUGGUGUCUGUGAGCAGCGAGCUAGCUCAGCGGCUAAAAAGGAGGGAAGCAAGAGUCAACUUUGGAUAACGAUAUUAACAAAGGAAUAUAAAUACUGCAAGUGUAUAUGUUUCAUUAUAAGAAAGUCACCAUGAAGUGCCCUCACUACAAGUCUGCCAGGGCCAACAAUAUGGAGAAAGUCUCUGCUGUAGAGUCCAAGGUGCUUCACCUCAAAGCUUCACCAGUGAAGGAGCUCACCCCCAUCAAACCACAAUGUCCACCCUCAGGAGUGACCACCGUGUUGUUCUCUCUCAACAACAACGAUGACACCAAAGCAGUCCACGACAAAGAAAACAGCACAGACAGCAGGGCGCAUGACAGGACUUUAGAGGAAGGGUUUGAGGACAGUGGCUAUCUGUCUCUGCACACCAGUCAGGCUGAGGAUCACCAUGUGGAUGAAGAGGAUGACCACAUCCAGGGAAGAUCCACAGAAAUCCUGCUGCCGCCUUCUGCUGCUGCACAGCAAGAAAGGACAAUAUCACCAAAGCAGUCUCCUACUAAAUGUCAAGGGAGGAUGAUGUCCGGCCGUCAUGCGUCUCUGGUGGCAGCCUCCACUCCUGUGGAUCGCCCGAGAAGGAGAGCACUAACAUACUCACUGUCAUCCACUCCCUCUGACCACCACGACGACCCCAAUCUACCUUUACUGAAGUUCCAGCGGGCCGUUUGUGAAGAGCUUGCCAAGAGCUAUCGGAAGAAUAAGAGGUAUGACUGGAGCAUUGUUACAAAGGUGGCGGAAGAUCAUCAUUUGGAGCAGGUGAUCGGACGCCAGAUGGGUCGGGAGUACGUCGACAUGUUUUCAUCUCUGCUGUCCAGGAACAUGAGAAGCAUCCUGACCGACAUUCUUGCCCUGCUGGGAGAUAUGGACCUCAUUAGCUGUAAGAAAGUGAGCAGAACGUGGAGGAAGAUCAUCUGUGAGGAUACCAGAGCUCAGAGCAGGUGUCAGCGAGCUGAGCAGGCUCUCAGGGAGUCAAAGAGCUCUCGGAGACAAAGUGGUUGUGGUCUGACGAGAGAUGUGGCAGUGUCCAGGGUGGCGCUGUCCUGCAUGCAGACCCUUUCCUCCUCAAGCUCUACAUCCUCAUCCACAUCCUCUUCCUCCUCCACCCCUGGCUGCGGGGUCAACAGACGGGCCGGUCUCUCUCACAAGAGCAGCACGCCCAACUCCCAAUGUACACGCUUCAAUGAAUAUGUGCAGGCCGCCAGCUGUUUGAAGCAGCACGAGUCUCUGCGUACCUGCAAGCGAUGCGGCUCACCAGCGACACACUCGACCGAGUCUCAGAGGGCCACGUGCACACGCCUCAGCUGUCUCUUCGACUUCUGCACCCGCUGCCAGGAAGCUUUCCACGGCUCGACCCCCUGCCGAGUGGUGCAGCCCCGAACCCACUUUCCCACCUCCAAGACGACCCCGAACAUACCAGGGAGCGCUCGGAGCAAGAGGAACAUCAGGCGCCUGUGACAAAGGUUCACUGAGGGUUUUAUUCACUGAACUUUUUAACCGUGCUGGUCAUCUUUCUCUGGACUGGCGGUUUUUCCAGCGCUCAAUUUCAAAAGCUCGGACAGUUUUUACAUGAGCUUAGCGUGGAAGUGGCCUCUGUAUGUGCACUGUGGCUAUAAGACUGUUACUGCAGAACUCUGGAUCUACCAAACUGACUGAACUGAGUGAAGCACUUGUUCAAACCACUACUGGGACAAUCAACCAGAUAGUGUUAUCGGGCUAAAACUGUUGUCGUCAGUGAGCGACAAAGACAUCUAAUGCCAAAAAAUGAAAGAAAUGACUGAUACACUUUAAAAUGUAGAAUUUUAUUAUGUUUUAAAAUGAAAUGAAUGUAAUUA